AUGAAAAAUUCUGCAUUAACUAUAAGUGCGGUUGGCGUACUUAAAAUUAUUUUACAAAAUGAAGAAUCACUUUGUUUAUCAGAUUAUUAUACAAUAUUUCGAUGUGAUGUUUUAAAACGACCAAAGAAAUCUUUAAAAUCUCUUAAUCCAUUAUCAUGGGGAUCAGGAACAAUAAAACAAAAAAAUAAAAAAAUUAUUAAUGAACAAUAA